AUGGAGGAAAUAGAUAAAAUACCAAAGUCUCUGAUGGAAAAUCUGCUUGGCCUUUUGAGGGUUCGCGUGAAGCGCGGUGUCAACCUUGCCGUUCGUGAUGUCCGAAGCAGCGAUCCUUAUGUUGUCAUCAGGAUGUUUAAUCAGAAACUAAAGACUCGCGUCAUUAAAAAGGAUGUGAAUCCUGAAUGGAAUGAAGACCUUACGCUUUCUAUUAUAGAUCCGAAUCACCAAGUUAAACUGACAGUGUAUGACCGUGACACCUUUAGCAAAGAUGACAAAAUGGGAGAUGCAGAAUUUGAUAUCUUUCCCUUUAUAGAAGCCUUGAAGAGCGACUUAACUGGCCUUCCAAAUGGUACUGUACUCACAAGAAUACAACCAAGCGCGCAGAACUUCCUGGCCGAUGAGAGCUGCAUCACUUAUGUCAAUGGCAAGAUUGUCCAAGAUAUGAUCCUUAGAUUGCAAAAUGUGGAAUGUGGGGAAGUGGAAAUUCAAUUGCAGUGGAUUGAUCUUCCUGGCUCUAAGGGUGUAUUAACAACUUCAUGA